AAAAAAAGGAACUAAUGAUGCGUACUCAAAGACAGUUAACUUUUGAUCCAGGACAGUGCCAUUUGCUGUGGAGAGGUUUUCAUCUUUUCAUAACUAAGAGAAGAAGAUGCCAUUUAGUUGCUGGUUAUUCUGCAUCUAUGUUCUCUGGCUCAAAGUGUCUCCAGCUCGGAGCGAGUCAUGGAAUAUAGAGGUUCCUCAAUCUGUGGUCGGCCUCGAGGGCUCAUGUAUGGUGAUUCCCUGCCUGUUUAGGUACCCUGGUGUAGACAGGAAGGCUUCACACUUUACUGGAAUCUGGUACACGGAUUCCUAUGAGAAAGUCUACUAUCCAGUAACGUCCAAAAUCAGCAGUGCCUUUCAGCAGCGUACGAGCCUCUGGGGUGACUUAAGCCACCGAAACUGCUCUCUGAAAAUCAACCCUUUGCGUCGUAGUGAUGUCGGCCCAUUCAUGUUCCGGAUUGAGAUUGAAGAUUUCAACAAGUACACAUUUGUUCACAAUAAAGUGUCUAUUACAAUAAAAGCAGAUUCUGGAUUUCCUACACUAUCCAUCCCAGAGGGAAUGAGUGCAGGGAAAAAGGUGACCACCACCUGUUCAGUGCUUCACUCUUGUCCCUCUGACCCACCCAACCUUACCUGGAGCCACAAAGGAGCACUUAGCAGCCAAUCACUCCAGCAGUCCAAUGGCCAGUGGAAGAUUACAUCUUCUCUGAGCUUUACACCCUCCAAAAUAGACCACAAGAAAACUCUCAGAUGCACAGCUGUAUUUACAGGAGACAAGAAAUUUGACAGCAUGAAAACACUUGAAGUAAAAUAUGCUCCAGAAAAUGUUGCAGUGAUUUCAGAGGUUUCGGUGGUCGAGGGCAGUGCCUUGAACAUGACCUGCUCCAGUGACAGUAAUCCUGCUCCCCACACAUACCACUGGUUUACUGAGGCUGGGACCUUGCUGUCAGAAGGACACACUUUCACACUGAAGAAUGUGUCCAGACACAUAGGAACCAUCUACUGCACAGCCAUUAACACAGAGGGACAAGCCAACUCCAGUCCAACACAACUCAUCGUAUUGUAUCCUCCUGAGAUUAAAGUUGGCUCCUCAUGUACUUUGGACAUCUCAGGAGUAACAUGUCUGUGUGUAGUAGACUCCUAUCCUGCCAGUGAAAUCAAGUUGUGGGGUGCAGAUCCAUCAUCAGAGCUGCACAGAACUCAAGAAGAGAAACACGGCACUCUGACUAUGGUGACCCUACAGGAGGCGCUAGGUUUCUUUGACACUGUGCACUGCCAAGCCACUAACACUCAGGGGAACUACACCAUGGCAUUACAAGUACCACACAGCCAUGAGACACACAACAGCAAGCUCCUGUACAUUUCAGUUGCUGUCGUUGCAUUUGUUGUGACAGUCAUAGGCCUCUCAGUGUGGAUAAUAAAAUGCUGCAGGAGGACUGAACCUCUCACAACACCACAGCCAAAGACGGAAAUGAAAGUGACCAGCGACUCUGUACCAGAAAGGAAAUGCAAAGAUGUGAGCCCAAGCUAUGAUGGAAGUCAGCAAGUGUAUGGCAACCUGUCAUUUAAAGAGUCAUAUGAAGAGGAGUACCCCUACGAAUCUGCUAAUGAAUAUGAAGCAACAUAUGCUAAUGUGUGAAUGCCAGAGAAACUUGUUCGAAGGUGUGAUAUUUUAAAUUCCAUAAGAGUAAAAUAUAUUCAUCUAACCUGUCAAAAAAUAUUGUGAAAUUUUAUUAUAAUAACAAUACAUUUACAAUGCAGUAUAGUAUACUACAGCAAUCAUAGAGUAUUUUUUCAAAGACUGCAAAUCUUAAAAAUACAACAGAAAACAAUCAUUGUCACUGUAGUCUGAGAUUAAAUACUGCAUAUAUUUAUUUUGCUUUGUAUUAAAGUAUUAAUGUACAUUA